CUGGGUGGGUUUGGUGGCCCAAGCACUUCAAAGCAUCCUUAUGUGGAUUAAGAUUUAGAGUGUUGGAAAAGAUGCAAUAUUUUUAUUCCUUUUUUUUUUUUUUUUUUUUUAAUGGAACUUGAUGUUUGGAGAAAUCGUCUCAGUUUUGGUUUCGCACUUUUAACUUUUUUGUGUUUUGGCAAUGUUGAAACUUUUAAAACUAACAAUAGUUUUCUCUGUUAACAUUUUGGGUUAAUCUGACAGCCAUGGGGAACACACCAUGGGCAUAGAAUUAUUUUUAUCUUUACAUGACUUGCCCUCUCUUUUCCAGUAUUUCCAUUAGUUUUUUUCUUUUUUAAUGUAAUACACCAUACACAUUUUCAGAUGAUUUUAGAAUGGGGCUUCCCUAAAUUACUUGGGUAGCUUUCAUAGCUCCACCCUUUUUUAAACACGUAAGUGUACUUUUAAUAUUUUCUUGUCCAUAAAAACUGAGAUAGAAAGUCUAUUUUUCCUCUUUUGUCCUUUCUUGGAUAAGAGGAUGAAAUUUUGUUUAUUGUGUGAAAGAAAGCUAAGACAAGGAGAUCUUCAGCACUUUAAAUUCAAAACAGUGGGUGAGAACUCUGAGUAUAACAUUCAGAGAGAGCUCAUGAUUUGUCAUGAGAAUGGAAUAAGGGAGAGAUCUAAUUGCCUAAGCAAAUUUACCAGUUUUGCAAGUUUAUUUUAAACUUUAUCAAAAAUUUUAAACAUUAAACAUAUUAAAACAUUGUUUUCUUCAUUGUAAGCCAAAAUUAGGACAUUGAUAGUAACAUAUUCUAUAAAACUAAAGUGAUCACUACUUAAAGUGACAAUCCAACAGCGUUAAUUACCAUAGCUCUACAGAGUUUGCAGUACAUUUUUUAAGAAAAGCUGAUUUAAAGAUUUAUGAAGCUGUUUGAUUCUAAAGUCAAACCUAAAUUUAAGGCCUAGGCCAUUUGACUUGCUCUUUUUGAGCAGAAAUUUCAUUAUUAUGGGCCAUGUAAUGAUGAUCUAAAGUAGCAUUAGCAUAGUCUAAAUUAGCAUUAGAGUUUCAAGAUUAAAGAGAAGCAGAUGAAAAAUGAGAUGCAGCUGGUUCUAAGCAGUUUGUUUUCCUCCAUCUACAAACUGACUACCAAUUUUGAUGUUAAAGGGUCUAGGCAACUUGUGUCUUCAGAAAAGUUGGAUAUGAAAAAUAGCCUCUUAUUGAUGUUUUUCUUGUAAGGAAUUUAUAUUCUUCCAUUUUGCCUUCAUGUCAUGUCUCCUUCCUUCCAUCUAUCACAUUUGCUCUCUUCCCCCUCCUCCUUUUUCUUCCCUUUCUUCUGUUGUCUAGCUUUUGUGGUAAACUGUCUUGUUGAUGUAGAAAUGUAGUGAUCUUUUGUGUAAAACAAGGCGACUUUUUACAGACCAGAAAUAUUUUAUUGUUCUUGGAAUCAUAUUUUGUGCUUCCAUGAGUACAUACUUUGUUUUUAUUAUUAAUUUGCAUAUUAAUUAAUUUUUUAGCAUUUCAUGGGGGGGUGGAGUUAAACUAAUGAGUUUUAAUUUUUUUGGUUUUGGAUUCACUUUAGUAAUUCCGAAGGCCUAUAAGGUGAAAAAUCACACUUGUGUUUUGGAAUUGUGGAAAUAUUCUUGCUGGUAUAUAUUUUGGUCGGAGAUGUAUUAAUACAAAAGACUUCUAGGAGGAUUUAAGUGGUAGUUAAAAGUUCCAGGACAGGUGACACUCACUUGAGUAGCUCAAACAGUAAUAAUAAUCAGGUAAUAAUUUACACUGGUUGACAUUAAGUCAAACUCUUCUGAAAUGGACUGACAAUAUGCAGUGCAGUUAGUUGUUGGUAGCUCUUGACCUCCAUGGCAAGUAUGUCUGACAACUUGGCUCCUUCAUUCUCCUUUAUGAUCCUGUUCAUGGCAUCUGAGUGUUCCUCCUUCAGAAAGAAGUGAAAUAAUGACCCUUUCCUUUGAACAUAGCUUUGAUGAUCCAGGAAGAUUUCUGUAUUUCGAUGUAAUUUGGCCUCCCUUCCCCCAUAGUCUUAUGGCUAUUUUCCCCCAUAGUCUUAACUUGGCAAUUUGAAGAGCAUCUAAAUGAGUACUUGUUAGGAAAUCUGGGAAAUGAAGAGUGUAAGAAGCAUGUGUUUAAGUUACUGAGAACUGAGACUUACUGGUUUGGAAAUUGGAGAGCAGAAAGAAUAAAGCUGUUUGUGAAUUGGGGUGUGAGAGAUGCAGAAGAGAAUGAUUGGAAGUAAAGUAGGAAUUUUUAUUGGCAGUAGAAAAAAGCAUUAAGAUGAACUCUGCAUGAGAGGUGUUGACUAAGAGCAAGGAGGUUGAGCUUCACUAAAGAAGUGUCAAGGGGUCCCUUGUUGGCUAAGAGAUAACUUGGUCUGUAGCUAGUAAAGGUGAUGAUGGAUUGAUUAUACAGAUCAGUUCUGAUGUGUAUAUAUGAUGGUUUGAGGGUUUGUGUGUCUGCUCCUCUGAACAAAUUUAAGUAGCACAGUUGUGAAAUGGCAGCUUUUCUGGUCAAGGCACAUUGGUGUUGGGAACUUACUAUUUUGGGGGAAAAAAGAUAACAGUUUACCCUUUUUAUUUACCCUUUUAAAACUGUUAGUGACAUUUAUCAUAUAGUUUUCUUGGGCUCUUGUCACAGUGUAGGUUAUGUUUGCAUUUCAAAAUUAUCUAUAUAAUCCACAAAGAUCUACACCCAAAGAUCCUUCCUUUAUAGAUACCUUUGGUCGACAUGAGUUUUUUUAGAAGACAGUAAACCAGAUAUAAUCACUGACUUGCUGUUUGAAGUAUCUUUUCUAUUUCCUUUACAUUUGUAGCCAUCUAACAUUGUAGAUCUUAAGAUAAUAUAUUUCCAGAAUUAGACAACAUAUCCCCUGAACUCAUGUUUUUGUUUGUUUUCCUACUGCAAAAUUGUAGACUUCCCUGUAGUGAGUGUAGACAGAAGUGGAUUAUGAUUUAAUGCAUCUCCCGGGUUCGUGUGUUGUUUGCAAGAUGAGUUUAUUAGUAAUCUGUUCUAGAAUCCCAAGGGUGUUUUAAAUUAUUUAAGGUAAAUCUUUGUUUUCAAAGUUACAUAACUCAAAAUCACAUUGACUUUAAAUUUACAACAACAGGUUUAUUUCCAAUAAUUUUGACAUAUUGCUUUCAAGUUUCAUUUUAAUCAGAUACUUACAUAUUCCUGUUGUUUUAAAAUAGCCAAAAGGAAUUCUUGGCCUGUACUUGGGAGGUGUUUUUUUCUUUUGUCAUGUGCCAAGUUCAUUAACAUUAGUGGGGUUAUUUUUUACAUAUCUUAUUUUACAGAGUUGACACUUAGUAUAAUUUUCACAUUUUAUCAUGUGACUGAUUUUAAAUUAUAGUUAGCAUACUAUAGUUUAAUUCUGUUCAGAGCCUUCUUAAAGAGCUCUUCCCUUAGAAAUUAUUUAAAAGAAAUGAAGAACAGUGCUUUAAAUGACUGAGAUGAGUCUGAACAGUUUCCUUGAGUCUAGGCAAUGGAGAUAAAUGAUAGCCCAUUUUUAUGCUGCAUACAGUUGUUAGGGUUUAAUAAUAAUGUAGGAAAGUGCAAAAGCAGAAAAGACUGUGUAAGUGGCCUAUAAAUUUAUAGUUUUCAUUAUUGCACUAUUUAUCUUUGCACUUGGGUUUUUGGAAAUUAAAGACUAGUCACUUUCACUUUUGUUUCUAGUCUUUUCUAAUUUCUUGCAAAAUUGUUUUCAAUAUCCCACCCAAAGUUAAACUCAUAUGCAACUACAUGUGCUUUAUAAGGCCAAGAAAAUAUUUAUUGUUAUCUAUAUAACAAUAAAUUUUGUUUUGAUAAAUUUUUAAUAUAGAUCUUUAUUUGCCCAUAAAAUUCUUUAUAAAUAUGAGCUUUAUUAAACUGUUUAAGUAAAGUAAAAGCUUAGGAUAGGAAAUAUGUCUUGUGUGUAUAAAAUUAUGUCUUUGAGAUCCAACUUCCAGCCUACUAUGGCCUGGCUUUGGGGGUUAGUAAGUUUCCAUUUAGCAAUGAUAUCUGAGUCUUACUGGGCAAGUGCUUAAGAAACUGGAAGUAAGUAGGUGGCAGUUCCCUCUUCUGUGUAGCUUUCUAUAAGGGUCAUAUCACUUCUCCUUGGUUUAUGUCACAUAUUGGUGUUUUGUGAAGUGAGUGUUCUUUUUGAAAAUUUAAGAUGGAUGCUUUCUGAGGGAUGGUUAUAGCUAAGGAUCCAGGACUGUGACUUAACCAUUGGCAGUGUUAUAGCUUCCUUGAUACACUCUACUCAGAGAACAGAGAGUAUUCUUGUGAAUGUGUGAUGCUGUACUCAGAAUUGCAAAAAGGAAAAAAAAAAAAAAAAAAGGAAAGGAAACAAACUGAGUUUUCUCAAUGGAACAGAGAGAUGUAUUUUUGGCUAGAAUUGUUUUUUAUAAGUUAAUGAUCUUAUUCUCUAUUCUUUUCUUGUAGUUUUUUUUUUUUUUACACACUUCAUACUUAAAACCAGCAAGAGGUCUUUUUCCAGAUUAUUUUGGAAGGUCUGAAUGUGUUCUGGAUGGGGUGUUGUUGAUCGUGACGUGUUCUUCCCAUCGUGUUCUGCUGGUCACUAUGGCUCAUAGAAUUUACAAAUUCUGUUGAAAAUUCAGUGGUGUAUUUGAAAUGAGAAUAUCUUUUACAACAUGGUAUGGAUGUGUGUGGCUAGAUUCCAUGAUGUGACAUAGUUGUGGAGCCAUAGCUUUGAUUUAAUUUAAAUAGAAAGUUUAACCAUAGUCCAGAUUUUAGGUUUAUGUACAGGAAUUGUGCCAGGUACUUGUCUAAAUGUGGACCAUUUUUGGAAAUGAAAGUUAAUGAAUGUGGAUUUGACUCUAGAUAAUUCUAUACUCAAAACUACAAGUUAAAGGCUCACAUCAUUAGAGUUACCUACAUUUGAUGGCCUUAGCUCUUUAAAUGUGGAUGGCAUUCAGCAUUAUAUCUGUGAAUUUCCUUAGGAAAAGAAAGGUUCAGCCUUUAUACCUUUUCUUGGAGGCUAAAUUUACCACAUAUGGAAGUAAGAAAAUUGUAGCAAGUGGCUUUAUUUUUUUAAUGGAGUUUAACCAGCUUAAUUAAUUCCUUUUCCUACUUUGAAUCACUUAUUUCCCAUGUAUAAAUAAAGGGAAAGAUCAGCACCCCCUACCCCCAGGCGAUUUUUGUUGUCUGCCUCCAUUUCCCAAUCCUAUUAUACAAUGAAUUACGGGUAUCCCUCUUAAGUCCCUGUAGCGCUUUGGGGGGAGGGGGAAGCUCACAAAUACCUUUGAAAAAUCUGAUGAAAGUGAUGGACCCUCUCCCCAGGGGAAAAAUGCACAUAAUACAGAUAAUUUUGCUACAACCUCAGGGUCAUCACUUACCUUCUGAAACCCAAGUUAGAAACAUUUUUGCUCUGAGCAAACUAUAGAAACCUGUAGUACAAAUAAUUGAUAAAAUUAAGAGCUAUUGGCUUAAAACAUUUCAGAUUGGGAUUAUUAUCACAUGGUGGCCCCUACUAGUGAAAUGUGACAUUGCAGCUAGCUUUGUUAGACUCUAUAACAUCCAGAUAGAAGGGAAAGAGAAGUAAAGUUCUGAGAGCUGUUUAUAGGGAGUCAGGUCAUCUCCAGGUGUGGGAGCCAGUCCUGGUUCAAGAUAGGGGUCAAGGUGCCUGACAAGUUUAGCAGGGUAAAGUUUGAUAAACCAUGCUCAGGAUGCCAAGGGGUUAGCCAUUAUCUUAACCCCUUCCUCACCAAAAGAUUUUAGUUUUGUCUGUUGGGAAAAAAAGAUGGCACUAGGGAAAAAUAAGUUGCCUUACAACUUUGCUGGAACACAUCAGUUUGGUGAAGUGUGGGACACUAGUAUUAUUUUUGAGAAGGUGCAUAAAACCAAAGUAAAUUAUUCUCUAUGUAGAACAUUAUUUACAAGUAACAUUUGUUUGGGUGUGUUAGCUUUGACGAUUUUUACCAGUAAAUACUGAUUUUAUUUAAAACUGGGAGUCCAGUUUACAUAUAGGAUAGUUGAUAUAUCCAUCUUUUCCCCAUGUAAAGAAUUGUCUAAAAGAUUUAUGCAUACUUUUUACUUUUCUCUCUUGAUACCAUGGGGUGGGGGUGGGGAGGACUUUGACUCAACAACUGACAAAUGUCUUCAAAUUUAAAAAUCAAGAAGCAGCACUUUAAGUCUAAUUCCACGCCAUUUUAGUGCAUGUUUUAGUUUAAUAAUGAUUUUUGGUGCAUGCCUUUGGGCUUAUUCAAAAGUGUACAAUAGAAAAGUGUAUUUCCUUUCAUAGAAAGGAGAUGUUUUUCUACUUUGCAACAUGUGAUUACAAAAAUCUUCCUCUGUGGGAAGAUUAACCAUGUAUUGAACUACUGAAAAGUAUAUAUUUUUAGAUAUACAGAAGGAAUCUACACGGGGCAGCAUUCAGACCUAUAUAGAAGUCAUAAAAAUUCUGUAUAGGACCAAAAGGAAGUAACAUAAAACACUUAAACAGACUAUGUUGGGUAGAAAUACCUUUCGAUCUUGCAUUGACUUCCAAAAUGAAAAUGCCACAGAAGUUUGCUGAAACUUUUGUUUGAAUUUUCUCUGUCAGUGUAUUUAGCCCAAAUGCAACAGCUUUGGGCUAGCACAAUGUAAGAAUCAAAACACAAAACUCAGUCUGGUUUGCCAAUCCAGCCUGAUUGAAAUAAGUAACCAAUCACUUGCAAACUGAAAAACUGUCCAACUCCUCUAAGGUUUUGACAAAAUAACCUUGGCUGAUGUGGGAACAUUCCCACUUUGAUUUCUGACCUGACAGCGAAGAUUCAUGUUUGACAUGAUUUCAAACCUGACAGUGUCUGUUUAAGGAGCCAUGGUACAGUUUGCUAAUUCAAUCCCAGAUACCUGUUGAUUACCUGUAAGAUCUAGAGUUCAAAGUAGCCAGCAGCCGUAUCCCUGAGUGCUCUGUGCCCAUCAGAUAACAUGAAGUAAGCAGAGUUGGGACAGGCCACCGCUUUGAGUAUUGACCUCAGAGCAGAGCCCCAGAUUCAAGAUUUGUAUCUGCUUUCUUGGGAGUCACUGAACUAAUGUCCCACACUGCGUUACUUACUGUAGAUGCUCUCCAAGAGGAGGCCCAGAGCACACAUCCGAAUUGCUUGUGGUACUCAGAGAGGGGGUGCUAACUCUGAUGCCCUGGCCAAAUUCCAGUUUAGGGAUGUGGGUCUUCUUGUCAUUCUAGUUGGAAAUGUGCAUCACUUUCCAUUUUUCCUGUUGCUCUCAGUGCAAACUACACCAAGUCUGUUCCUUUGCCCCAAUCCCAAGUCUCCAAGAUACUGGUAUCACACGGGCCAGGUUCAUGCCUUAUCUUGAUACACAAGAGUUGGAGAAUGGGAGCUUGGCAUCAGGAUGCCUUAUACUCGGAGGGUAGACUCUUGUGAGGCUUGGGGAUGGAACUUGCCCUCUUUCCACAUAUGUUAGGGAGCGUGCACUGGUUGGGAGCUUCCAACCAUAAGGUGUGAGAUGAAACCAAUUUCCCCUCUUUUCUUAUAGCAUGAUGAGAAAGUCUUUUGGGUUUUCGGCAGUUGGGGAAGGCCGGAGUUCUGCAGCUUUAAUCUGGGUAACUAAGGCUGGUUUAAUCUGGGUAACUAAGGCUGGUUUGAGCAAGACUUUGGUAAAUUAACUGGGUUCUCAGAUGCCACAGACUCCGUGAGAAGUCAGCAUUAUUUUUAGUGGCCGUGAUGGAGUCCCCUGUAGCCAUUACUGUAAGAUUACAUGCAGAGUUGCUUUAUUUUGAGCUUUUUGUGUACACACAAUCCCAAACUGGAAAACUUAAAAAGGAAUCCUGCUGUGAAAGGUAUAUAUUACUCUAGAUUUUUCUUACUGUAAAUAUUGUAAGAUUGUAAUACUGUCAAUAUUUUAUUAACCAACAAAUGUUAAUCUAUGUGAAAUCAGACUUAUUUUAAAUGUGCUUCUUAUUUACUGUGUGUGGUCCCUGUUGCUGACAGUAUUAAGUUAUAUUCUGAUGUAAGAUUAACUUUAUUAAAGAAUGUAAACAUUAAUGUUUCCUUAUGGGAAAACAAAUAAAGUAUAAAGAAGACAAUUCUUUUUAUUGAAAUAUACUGUGUAUUUACACUUGCUAGACCCAGCACCACUUAUAAACUUAGUAUACUCUCCAGUUUCAGUUAACACAGCUGACACGGUUGUGCUCCACUUGAAAGUCUAAGCCUUGGUAUUGUUGGAAUAUAAACAGUUUGUAUUUGUCUGCUGUGAAUCACCUUGAAAUUUCUAAUCAAGUUUGUAAAAUUUUUAUAGUAAAACAUUUUAAUGACAAUUUAAAAAUUAUCUUCUCUAAAGAAUGGUCAAAACAAUGUCCUUUCAGAAAUAGAGCUGCUCUUUAUUGUCUUUCCAAAUGAUGUUGGUUAAAUGGACCAGGUGUAUAUUAGUUAAAGUCUAGGGCUAAGUUCUUGAUAUUCUUUGAGUUUACAAGUUAAUCCUUAUUGGAGUUGUGCCAAUAUACAAUAGAAUAUCAUUAAUUUGCACUGUUUGGGGACCCCAUUUAAGAAUGCUGAAUUUUUGCCAACUAAAAAGUAAGCAAAUGCAAUUUAAAAAGUAAAUUUGAGCAUUCUGUGUUAAAUAUGUGCAGUUAUUAUCAUAUGAAGAAGCGCAGUGUGUUGGGCUGUAAUAUAACCAUAUUUGCUGUCAUGUUCUCCCAUCUCAGUGCUGGGAACUCACCAUGUGGAAACCAAGCAACCGUGUUGUGCAUCAGCCGGCUUGAGUUUGUUCAAUAUCAAAGCUGAAGCUAGCGAGGUCUGCUGUACUGCUUAUUGAAGUAUUGUGAUUCUUUUAGGCAUUGGUUCUUACAAAAUAUAUACUGUAACAGUAUACUUUGUACAGAUUUAAAUUUUAUUUGAAAAAAUGAAAUAAAGUAGGCAAAAAAUAAAGAUGUUUAUUUUUCAUGUGACUA